UUGUCCGGUUUUCUUUACCUGGUUGAAUUGUCAGAAGUGGCUCUGCAAACGCAUACCUACCAGUUUAACAACACUAACAUAAAAGAGGAUAGCGACUGGCCCUCAUUCAGUCAGGCUUCGAGUCUCUCCACGAACCGACGUAGCGCGCCGCUGGCGACGACACACACUACUCGAAAUUCUGUUUAAAACUCCUGUUAUUUUAAAUUAGUGACCAUAUACCCACUUCCAUUCAGGCAAACCGCAAUAAGGCAACCAGACGACUAACGAGUUUCCAAAAUACCAUUUGUGUUUGCCGUAAGGAUUUCACGGACGAUCCAUCAUGUUAAAAAUAGUAGCCCUUGGGUUGCUUGUAAUUUCGACGGUGACUGGUCAAUGCUUCUACAAAGACGAUUCAGCUAAGAAGCUGAACCCUGAGGCUCGCACAUCUCUGUACAGGGGCCAAUUGGAGUUCACCCUAAAUUUGUUUAACUCCAUUAAUGAUGCAAAUCCCACCGACAACAUAUUCUUUUCGCCGUUCUCAGUGUACCACUCUCUACUGCUAGCUUACUUUUCUGCUGGGGGCCAGACGGAAGCAUCUCUGAGGGAGUCUCUACAGAUAGCGAAAUCUUUGGAUAAAAUCAAUUUGAUAACAGCAUAUAAGUUAGACCGGCGGUCCCGCCUGACGAACAACAAUAGCGCCAGCUACGAGUUCAACAGCGCCAACAAAAUGUUCGUCGACGAAACGCUCGACGUCAGGCAGUGCUUGCUGGACAUCUUCGAGAACGAACUAGAGAGACUUAAUUUCCACGAGAUGCCCUCGGAAGCACGAGAGCAUAUUAACAAGUGGGUGGCCGCGGUGACUAAGAACCACAUCCAGACGUUGAUUCCAGAGGACGGCAUUACGCACACCACCAAGCUGGUGCUCGCCAACGCCGCCUACUUCAAAGGCGUCUGGGCCUCUAAAUUCCCCGCAGAAAGGACAAAGAAAGAGGCAUUCUUUGUUUCCGAAACUCGUCAAACGCUGGUGCCGUUUAUGAAGCAGAAAGGCACUUUCCAUUUCAUGGUGAGCGAAGACCUCGGCGCACAGAUUCUGGAGCUGCCCUACAAAGGCAACGACAUCAGCAUGUACAUUCUCCUGCCGCCCUACUCUAUGAAGGAAGGCGUGAAGAACAUCAUAGCGAACCUGACGCCCGAGCGACUGGCCGCCGUGGUAGAGGAAAGCUACAUGGGCCGCGAGGUCAUCGUCGAGAUCCCCAAGUUCACCGUUGAGAAGAGCCUGCCCCUGAGGCCUAUCUUGGAGACUCUGGGAGUUGGCGACUUGUUCAACAAUACCUCCGACUUCACGACGCUGACGGACGACCAUGUCAGCUUCGACGACGCCAUCCACAAGGCCAAGAUCCAAAUCGAUGAAGAAGGAACCGUGGCUGCAGCGGCGACGGCCAUCUUCGGGUUCCGCUCGUCGCGGCCCGCGGAGCCCACCCGCUUCGUGGCCAACUUCCCCUUCGUCUACCUCGUGUACGAGCGCCCAACCAACUCCGUCCUCUUCAUGGGCGUCUACAGGGACCCUAAGAAGUAAACAACACACUUGGUAUAAAAGUCGUGUUAUUUUUGCGUGUUUUAGACCUAUAAUUUAGUAACUAUUUAAUUUUUAUACUCAAUCAAUGAGCUCUAUGCUGUAAAUAUGAUGCAUGGUGUUUUUCCAACCCCUUGCCAUUGAACGAAUCAUGAUAUUGUGAAAUAAAAUGUAUGUUCCAUAGUAAAUUUCGAGGUCUACUUGGCCGACAUUCAGUUGCCAUUUUAUUGCGAUUAUUGGGUUGGUUCAUAUAGUGAAAGUAUUUUUAUAGGUUAUCUACCUUUUAAGGCCAGGUUUUGGAAAAACGAACUGUAUAUUUUUUAGCAGCAUACCGUACUGUUUAUCACCACCAUAAUUGAUAUGUAUGUCCAGGAUAUAAAGUAUAAACAGUGGAGUACUCCUAGUGCUGAUAAAAUGUCUAUGUCUAGAUUUAGGCGUCAUAAUAACACGAUUUCAACUAUGUUGUCAGGAGUUUGCCGUCAGAUUAGUGAUCACUAAAUAACACGCAUGCAUAUAUAAUACUCGCUCUAGUACCAUUAAGGGGUUGUAGUUUAAAAUAACCGCAACGUCGCGCGGGUGCACGGAGUGGGCGCACGAGGGCGCCUCAAAUAAAAUUGUAGGUACGAGUAGAAUCCGCUUGACGCGCCCGCGUCAAUGAGUCACUCUUCGUUAACCCGCUCGCCUGCUCCGUGCCCACGCGCGACGCUGCGGACGCCCAAAAUAUAAUAUGUAUUUAAUACAAUUUUAGUGGUCAGAUUGAAUUAAAAUUUGAUAAACAUGUAGUUUCUAGGUUAAUACAAUAAUUAAUAAUAUAUACCAUAUCAUACCAGAGAAAAUUGUCAUUCAAAUAAAAUAAUCAGGAUUGGAUUUAGUUGACUGGUGAUUUUUUAAUUUCAUUAAGUACCUGUCGGGAACGAAUUAUUCCUUAAGAAAUUAUUUGAUUUAACUUUAUUUCGAUUUAAUCAGGGAUGAUUUAAUCAUGAGUUUUAGAUUUGUUGAAUCAACUAUUUUAAUCAUGAGUGUCCAACUUUGACUACUAAGUAGGUAAUGUACUCACCUAGCGCUGUGACACUUCAUUACACCUUAAAACAAAGUCCCCCGCCACGUCUGUCUGUUUGUGUAUGUAUAUUCGCGAUAAACUCAAAAACUACGGAACGGAUUUUCAUGCAGUUUUCGCUUAUCAAUAGAGUGAUUCUUGAGGAAGGUUAAGUGUAUAAUUAGUUAAGGUUUUGUGUAACCCGUGAGAAGCCGGGGCGAAUCGUUAGUGUUGGACUACAUAUCUGGAACUUGUCUAUAGUGGAAGAUCAGUAGUUAAAACUACUUACAAGUUUAUAAGCCUACAAAUCGAGACAAGAAGAAAAGACUUUAUACCCGAGAUAUAGCCACGAUUUUAACCUACAGCUCCGUUAGACAUAAUACAACCCAUUUCCUAUUUUCUACAAAAUUUGUAGAGCAACCUCUAAUUCUCGUCAAGUAAUUUAAACGAAUAAACUCAUUUCUUACUUGUAUUAGGCAUAUGUAUGUAACUAAUAGGUAUUAGGUAGUUUUAAGAUUUACUAUGUAUAUCAUUAUUUGUAAUAAGUAAGAAUUCAGAUGAGACGUAAGUUUAAUGUAAAAAUAAUUUAUUGGAAA